GCGGUUCUGCCUCGAAAUGUCGUUAUUGUUUGGCGCAGCAAAAAGGCACGUGUGAAAAUAUUGAGAAAUCUUUCACAUAUUUUCCCCUUUUUAAAGUCCUUUUCAACGCAAUAAAUCAAUGGUUCGACUCAGUAAGUAUUCUAUAUUUGGAACUUUACAUAUAUCGUUCAAAACCUCUAAUUUUGUGUGUCAUAUAUCUUUAAAAAUGAGUUGAAUUGUGGCUAUAAUUUUUCUAGCACUUCAUGUUGUGAUUUGUGAAGGGCCAUUUUAAACCCGUUCAGAAACGGGUUUUUUACCAAUCAUUUUGGAAAUUAUUUAAAUGUACCAAUUUUUCUCAACCCCCUUGGAAAUACCUGAUACCUGUUGACGAGGUUCCACAUAUGGCAAAAAACCUCUUCGGAAUCUUUCCAUUUGUAUUGUCAUAAAUACCAGUAUACCACAAUCCCCUGGAAAUUUCCAUGAAUUGUUAGUGACCCCUUUGGGUAUUGGCAAAUUUUACCUGACCCUUUUAGAAAUUUUUCAAUUCUGUUACAAUCCCCUUGGAAAUUGUGAUUUUCAAGAAAUUAAAAGUUUGGAGAUCCUUCGGAAAAUUGGAAUUUUCUACCCCUCCAGUGGAAUAUGGCUGGAAAGUUGUGCAUGUUUUAAUAUUUGAAACAUAUUUCACCCAUUAAGUUGCAUAUAACUUUACUCUGCCUAAAGCCAGAUGAUUUUACUCAUCAACGGGAGGGCGCUGAUGCUCAAUGGCUUCCAGACUGUAAAGUAGUAUUUUUGCACAGGGAACUAGCUUUUCCGUCGUAAACGGCAAUUGCGUGGAAAUGAAGGCAGAACAUUUGAGAGAAUUUUGAAAAUUUGAAGUCUCCAGAUUAUCUGAAAUGGCAUUUUCAGAGUUUUCUCUACUUAAGGCCCAACACGUAAGAGAUAAAAUAAAUCAUGAAAUGGACAGAAAUUCAGGCCAAACUUUACAGUCUGGAAUGGGUUGAAGCAUUGGUUACAGUUUUUGAAAGUUUUUAAAAUUAUGAAGUGACUGCUAUACAUUUAAGCUUUGUAGUGUCUCUCGGUCAAUGUAUGUGUUUCUUUUAGAAAAACAGAGCAAGCGAAUGUCUACCAAGACGAAAAAGAAAAUUGAAAAGAAGGUAUAUUACUAUGCAUGUUGGAUAUGCGUGGCUAGUCAUUCAACACUAGAUCUCAGGAUGCAUUCCAUGUAAACUCUAUGCCGGAGAUACCAAUAUUAAAUUAACUAUAUAUAGUACUGUAAUUUGCCAAACUCACACCGGAGAUCUUAGGUGUAUUGCACUGAAAAUGCACCUUGGACUAGAUCCCAAUGUUUAUCUGCACCAGACCCAGACUGUAAAGUAUUGUCAAUAUAGUGCAACUGCCUACGGUACCAAUAUUAAACAUUGCUGAUGUUUGGCUUAAAAAAAUUAUAAAAUCUGCUCAAGAAAUACUGUAUUACUACCCUUUAUUAAUACCACACCUAUCCUUUACUUUCUAGGUUAGGGAACACAACCGCAAGCAAAAGAAGGAAACUCGUUUGAAUCCAAACAAAUUUAGGAGUAAGUUUGUCAUUGCUCAUCUUCUGAGUUUAUAAUUAUACAAAAUUUACAAUAACUAUUGAUUGUAAUAGGCCCAACAAAAUUAUGUGGCUCCCAACUGACUCUAUUUUUUUCUGCUAGCUGACCCUAGUUUUUGUAUCUGCGAAGCAGAUACUGUAUAUUGCCAUCGCAAACGUACGGUAUGUUAAGUGUUAACUGUUAACAUAGCCAUUCAGUGAAGAGCUUAUAUAAUUGAACCAAUUCAUGAUAUAUUUAAGCCAGUCAGCGAUUAGUUUACAUCGAUUGUUUACAUCGUGCCUGCAUUAAAAUUAAUGAGCUGCCUAAUAAACCCAAUUUAUCCUUUUCAAAAUGGCGGCCUUUUGUGAGUGGGCAAAAUGUUUCAAAUAAUUUUGUUAAAAUUUCCAACGAAUUGUACCGGUUUUCUAUGGAUUUUGCAUUGUGUCUAACUCUGGGUAUUUUUGCUAGUUUAGUUAGGCGAGACUUUUUUUAUUUAUUGGUUUACGGAUUUGACUUUAAAAAUAAGAGGUAAUUGGCAGGUCGGAAAAAAAAUUAAAAAAAAAACAAACUGAGUAUAAAUGAGAACCAAAAUUAAUAAUCUUAAAGUUUGUAAGACUUUUUAACGUUAAUUUUAAAAAACCCCGAAAAAAACGUGGCUAAUCUCCAUACUGAUUGUCACAAUGAUAACAUGAGCCAACAAUACUGAGAGUCAAAGUUUACUUGAAGUGUACUUGAUGUCAGAACCCCAAAUUAAUUAAAAUUAACUAAAAUUGUAAAAAUUUUGACAUCCAAAUUUUUUUUUUAUUUUUCACUUUCUGAAUAUUUACGGUCGGCAGAUCCGUAAACCAAUGAAUAAAAAAAGUCUCGCCUUAAUACAUUUUUCUUGGUACACAACUCUGAAAAUCCGAAAUUUGGAUCUUUGAAUUCCCGUGCAAACUGUGAAAACUGUAGUGUGAAAUAUGAUAUUGUAAUGUCUAAUGACAGUGAUGACACCUAAUGUACAGUAUAUUGGUGCAAUACGGAUAAAAAUACCAUCGUUCGAUUCAGUGUAAGAAAUUGCAUUUUACGGAUGUCAAAUGUAAUGUAUUACUAAACAACAGUGUUCUAGCAAUUGACCAUUUGCAUAAUAGACUAAAUUUUGAUCUAGACAAAAAUUUCAUCACAGCUUGAAAGAGCAUCACAAAAUUAGUAAUAUUCCAAAGAUUUGUUGCGAAAUGUUGUAAAAUGCGGAUAAUAUAGCCUUGCGAAGUUUGCAAUUUUCAGUCAUUUUAGAUUACAAACGGAAAAUUGACAGCCCAAUAUGCUUUGAGGCUGUCAAUUUCCAGUUUGUAAUCUCAAAUGACUGAAAAUUGCAAACUUCGCAACGAAACUUUGGAAUAUUACUGAUUUUGUGAUGCUCUUUCAAGCUGUGAUGAAAUUUUUGUCUGGACUUGUUUAGAUCAAAAUUUUGUCUAUUACGCAAAUGGUCAAUUUAUGGCCUUUGAAAAUCAAGCGAAAUUGUAAUGUUGACAAAUUGCUCGCAGUAUACGUAUAUAGGAUAUUUGCUGACAGACAGACAGACAAAUCACUCGCAGUACGUUUGUUGUUGUAUUUGUAAUGCCUAAUGGCCCAAUACGGAUAAAAAUACCAACGUUCGAUUCAGCGUAAGAAUUGUACUUACGGAUGUCAAAUUUUUACUAAACAACAGUAUUCUAGUGAUUUGUGGAAAUUGUGGCCUUUGUCUUUGAAAGCCAAGCGAAAUCGUAUUGACUAUUGUUGACAAAUCGCUUAAAAUUAUUCAACUAAUUAUAAAAAAUGCAGUACGUUUGAUCCUUGAUAACUUUGGUAUCGUUGGUUUUCUCUUUUUCGGCCGCAUACCAGUAGAUUUGUCUCACUUCUUUCUUCAUUUUGAUAGUAUUUUUAUGUCGAACAUUUUAAAGUGCAGUUUAAUCAGGACACAAGGAGAGAGCAUGCAAAUGUUAGAAUAAAAAGAUCACUUAAUUAAACGUCAUAAUAAAGUAUUACUGUCGUUCCAAUUGAAGUGUUGCUCAAAUAUUGAUUCAAUACAUUACCUCGGGCUGACCAAUUCAUUUGAUCAAGUUCCUCGAAAUAUUCAUACACUUCCUGUGAAAGAGCUAAUUCCAAGUAUUUGAUCAUUUCUGGUCACUUCCUUUCUAUUUAUGAUUGGUUAGUUGCACAAACAACAAAGGUGAUUGGUGCAUUUAAACUAUUCAACAGGAAGUUUACAAUUAUACUAGGAAGUGUAUGAAUAUCUCGAGGAACUUGAUGAAAUGAAUUGGUCAGCCAGAGGUAAUGUAUUGAAUCAAUAUUUUAGCAACACUUCAAUUGGAACGACAGUAAUAGUGUAUAUUUAUCUUGCGUAGUCCAGAUUUCGUCCUAUGCUAUUCAAUAAAUAAACUUGAUAUUCUAUCUCUCUGAAAAGGACCAAGUUCCGGUUCCGGCCAUGGUUUUUUAUUAGUUCCAGCCGGAACCGGAACUCUCACAAAUCGGGGUUCCAACCGGAACCGAGUUCCAGUACACCCCUAACAUUGGCAAGUGUAAACAACAAGUGACAGAACUUUUGCUGAUCAUAUGAUUACAAUAAAGUUUUGAAACUUCAAAGUGACAAGUGACAGUUUACUAAAUAGCCGGCUGUUGGCUGUAUAGACACUUCAAAUAUUGUUUGCAUCACAUUUUUAUUUCUUGACUGCAUAAUUAUGUUACAAUCAUAAUCACAUUUAUAUAAAAUUAGUUAUAUUUUCUCAGCAGGGGUGGGGGGAGGGCAGUUGUCUUGGUGCCCUCCGCUAAAGUCUUAUUUGCUAUUAUAUUUAUUAUAAUAAUAAUAAAUGAUGAAAUAUUUCAAUUGACCCAUGUCAUCUUCAUUAUUCAGUUCUUUUCAAGGAAAUACAAAAUGUGAAUCAAGUUUUUUCGCAGAUACAUGUACGCUUUGCGUACCUAUUUUUUUUGGAUGUUGUUAGGUUGUUUGCCGACAUUUUGUUUGUUGCUCAUGAUACAACAUGAUGCCACAAAUGACGUCCGAAUAUUGUUUGUUUAAAGUUCAGGCCUUCUUUUCAGGGUAGAAAUGCUGUAAUAUGGUUUAAAAAUUACAAAUUUGCAUCAUAUUUUGCUUGAAUAUGAGCAAUAUUUCCAAGAUUUUCCAUGCUUGCUUGCAUGUGUUUUUGAACUUUUUAAGCAAGGCUUUUCCAACCAUGGACUGUUUUUCCUGUCAUUUCAAGUCAAUAUUUUAUAAACACCAUCACUUUAUAGCCAAUGAUUGGGCCUGAACCUUGUAUAAUCAAUAUUCUGUAUCCAACUGGAUAAGGAUCCACCAGGAUAUCUUUCAUAUCUGCAGUGGUGUAACUUUACUUUUUUGACCAUAAGCUUGUCCUCGGGCAAGUUGAACAUGAAAGUUAGUUGCCUGAAUAAAUUUCACUUGCCAUCAGACAAUGGACACUGGGGUACCUAGGUAGGGGUAUAAAUUAAGUGGACAACAUGUUGACCAAUUCUCCCAUCCAGCCAGAUAGUAAAAUACUCUAUCUCGUGCAUGCACCCCAACAGUACAGCUGAUCACACUCAUAAAGUUACUUUUAAACUGGAACCACCGGAGAUUUUUUGUUAGUAAGACCAUAUCCAUGAGGUUUACAUGAUGUUUUUAUUUGAUUAGAGCAAAAGAAAGAUCCUGGGGUUCCAAAUUUAUGCCCAUUUAAGGAAAAGAUUUUAGAAGAGGUUGAAAGGAGAAAACAAAAGGUACUAAUCUUGUACUUGUUUUUCCAUGGUGCGUCAUGAUCUCAGCGCUUCACAUAUUUAUAUUUGGUUCAGUCAAUUUGCCAGGAAGGGAGUGUGUAAGUUGUCAGUAAGUAAGUUGCACAGGUGGCGCCAGAAGGGAGCAAGUGUAUAGUCAAGUCUGUCUAUCCUCCCCUGCAUUUGUUUGGGAAGAAACUAUUAUAAUUAUUUUGUAAUGAGUGUGUUUUGUGGUGACCUUAAACACACCUUUCAAGACAACUGUAGUUUUCAAGAGUCUCAAGUUCAAAAAUUUUCUUUGGGGGUAUAAGCAUUUAUUUAUGAAGAUGUAAUAUUUCUUAGUUUUUAAAAAAAAUUAAAACAAGUUCACAAAAAUAACUGUCACAAUCAGGCCCAGAAAAUAUUAUUUCUCUUCCUGGCAGCAAAAUGGAAAAAUAAGAAUUUCCUGUAUACAUGUAGGUCAACGUAUAGUGCGCCGCACAUUGGGAUAAACUUCAGUAUCGACACAAGACAAUCUCAACUUGAAAAACGCUUUUGUAAACAAUAAGUAAAUUAUAUGGCAUGCAGUCCAGUAUAUAAGAUGACAAAAAAUUCCUGUGUGGGUCAACGUAUAGUGCCGCACAUUGUGAUAAACUUCAGUAUCGACACAAGACAAUCUCGACUUGAAAAACGCUUUUGUAAACAAUAAGUAAAUUAUAUGGCAUGCAGUCCAGUAUAUAGCUACUGUACUGUAAGAUGACAAAAAUUUCUUGCAAGGUAAGAAAAGAUAUUUUGGUAAAAAUUUCCUGGCAGCGGUGCUGCUGGCGCUGCCGAACAUUUUCCAGCACUGAUCACAACUAAAAUAUCAACUAUUUGAGCACUUAGUACAGUGCAUAUUGUGCACAAAGAGCGCAAUCUUGUUAUUUUCCAAACAUUUCAACCUGCAAUCAGGUGGGUGUUAAACGGGAAAUUAACACCGAAACUAACGGUUUUUUGCGUGUAGUUUUUCGGUGCCGAAAAAAGUACCGGAAGAACCGAAUUUUUCAGUUAACCGCGCAGCUCUAGUGGAGAAGACCCUUCGUCGUGAAGUUAGUACACACCGAUGAAGGGCUUUGGCUCGAAACGUCAAAGUUCUCCUCAGGUUUUGUACAAAACUUUUAAGUCCUUGAAGUUGGAAACAAAAAUUCAACACCUUGAAAUUCCUUGAAUUUAUAAAAAGAAGUGCUUGAAAGUCCUUAAAUUGUUCUUGCUUUUAGUGGAUAUUUUGUGAAAUUGUUUGACAUUAAGUAUUUGACAUCUUGUAAAUGGUUUUCAUUGUUGAAAUUCAUUAAAGUUGCUGUUUGAACAGUUAUUUAACAUCAUCACUUUUUACUGAUUUCUAACACCUUCUUUUCAGCCCUUUAGUCAUUGAAUUUCCUGAUAUAUGUCCUUGAAAAGUCCUGGAAUUUAACUCUUUCUGACCUGUACGAACCCUGCUCCUUGUAUUUUUCAGGUAGUCGCAUCCUUAUCAAUCCAAAGCUUUCAGACUAAGCAAUAAUUUUAUUGCCAGUAGAAUGUUGUCAGGCCUUAAAAUAUCGGUCGGUCACAGACAUUAUCCGACCCAUUCGUGAAAUUGUCCGAUGUAGAGAGGAAACCACCGGACAUUCUGCCCGACCUAAGUGAAACUGAGGUUUAUUGUUUGUCCGACCUGAGUGUAUUUGUGUCCGACCGAACUGUAGCUUUGUCCAUCAUAAAAGUCAGAGUACUAUUGUAUAAAAGGUGAACUGGAAAUGUUGUUUUAACGUAGUCAAGCGCGGGGCGGCGAGCGAAAUGGUGAAGUGGAAAACGGGCUUAAGUUAUCGAAGUCUUUUUUUAAUACUGCUGUUCUGGCAAGCAAGUUAAUUUUGGCUUGGGAAUAAGUAUGAAAGAAACAAAAUUCAACUUUCUUCACAACAUUUACCGUACAGAAUUAAUACAUUGUGCUGAUAAUCAUUUGUGUCAUUCAGACUUAGUUCCGAGUCAAAACUGAACUGAAGGUCAUCGGACAUAUGUCCGACCCAAACUCAAUGUCACCGGACAUUUUGUCAGACGGCCCUGUGAAAUAUAUUUUAAGGCCUGAUGUUGUCUAUAUAUCUGUAUACUAAUCUCAUAUGUCUGUAGGGUAUAGUUUCUACCUUGUCUUUGUUAAUUUUGUAGCAAGAAGAUGAGAAACAGAGACGAAAGGCGAAACGAGAGAAGGAAGUGAACAAAAAAAGAAAUUUGCAAACUCUUCAACAAGAUGCUGCUAAGCGAGCCAAAGAAUUUGAACGGAAGGUCAUUAUUUUUUGAAGACCUUACAGUACCUUCUUUUCUUCAACCAUUUAAAAAUGGCACUAAUUAAUUUGGGGGCAGCAAUAUUCAUUAAAAUUUCGCUGUACGCACACUCAAUUAUUACUUGUAGCCAAUGUACCUGUAGUUGUACAAAUUUCGGCGCUGAUCAUGAUGCUAAAGACUCAACUGCUUUGUAUAUAAAACAACAUGACAGCUUGUCAAUAUUUAGGAAGGCUUUCGUUUUGACGUGUUUGCAAAUACAUAUGUAUUAUUAUUUUAUUAUUUAAUCUUAUUUUACAACGGUAGGCCCUUCAGUGAAUUAUGACUGAUUUUCAAGGGGCUGUUGCUAAAUUAAUGCACAAAAAACAAAACUUUACAUAUAUUACAUACUAUAUGUGAAAUUCUAAAAAAGGUAUAAAAUGUUAUAAAAGGUAUUACUUUAUUUACAAGCUCGUUUUCUUCCAUGUUAUUGAGAAUAGCCCUGAACUGACCAACUGAUAUUGCUCUAUCUUUUGCGCACUUCGGCAGAUCAUUCCAAAGCGCAGCACCUGGAUAACUGAAGCUUUUUUCCAAUAAUUCGUAUUCGGUUUUGGAAGUGCAAAAUCUAAUUCGUUACUGCGAAGGUUAUAGGUUUUAUUGUUGCUAGUGUUAAACAUGCUCGUCAGGCAUUCGGGAAACUCAUUAUUUCUUAUUUUAUAAAUAAUGCCCUUUUGUCUUUUCUUCGGUCUAUAUACUGCAGUUGGAAAGUUGGUAUUGAAAAUUGGUAAUGUUUGUGAAAAAAAAUUCAGAUUCAAAUUUGCAUCUGUUUGAAAAUAGUUCUCAAUUUCAAUUCAUAUGAAUAGCACAGACUGUCGAAUUGCAGUUCAUUUAAAAAAGGCAACCUGCUGCCCCCGCAAUGUUUGGAGGGUGUGGGCAACUGCCCCUAUGGCUCCAGCACCCUGCUUUUAACCAGUAUGUUCAUUGUAUUAUUUAAUCCGAAAUGCGGCUUCCAUAUAGCCAAACUUGACCGGUCAAUUCUUAAAUAUAACAUGAGAUCUAUUAGUCUGUUUGCAUGUCUGCCAGUCGGCAAAACCUUGGCAUGGGCUCUAUGGUACAUGUUCACCUAAUGUACCUAUUUUUAUAAACAAUUUGGGGGAUUACUGUAGAUUCAAUUUUAUCACAGCAAGUGCCUUCCAUUGGUGAGAUUGUGAGUUUCAUUCUCACUGUGCACUCAUGAUACUUGCAGUAUGAAAACAGUCAGCCAUUCUUCUACCAAAAGUCGUACUAAAGUUCAUUUGAAAUUGAUUUUCAGAUGGCGCACAAAAAGAUGACAGAAGAAGUGACCAAGAAUGAUUCUGCUCCUAUAGGUAUAAUAUUCUUCACUACAUUAUCCACCUUUUCCUUGCAAUGUUGUUUAGAACUACGGUGCAUGUAUAUUCAAAGAGUAAUUUUAUUUAAUCUUGUAUAGAAACAUCAAGAAAAGCAUAUUAUAAAGAGUUUAAAAAGGUACCAGGAAUUCCUGGAUUUUGAGCAUCUCACUCAAUAGAACUAAAUGUUGGAGGGAAAAUUUCAUACAUUUCAUAGACCCAACCAGGAGUACAGUAUCUGUGGAAAAUGCAACUACUGUAUAGGCCCUCUGCAUGGCAUGAUUUACAGUACCCAUACAGAUUAAACUGGCAUCAUCUUAAUAUAUGAACGGAAUCGCAGGGCCGCGGGUUCGAUUCCUGUCAGAGGGCUAAUAGUUGCAAACAGAAAUUUCUAACUUUUCUUAUUAAUAUGAUUCUUUGUACGACCUUGGCAUGAAAUAGUAAAUAUCAAGACCCAGUCGAACGAGGGUGAGACGUGAUGACGCUCGCGUUCGACCGCCAACUCUCAUCGACUUCCAUCAACUUUCUCAAUAGCCUCAUCAACUUUGAACUGAUUCAAAUUUUGACGAAUGUUAAUGAGAGUUUUUGCCAUACGCGCGGUAAUAUCCAGUCGACUCUCAUCAACUCAUGUACAGCUAGCUCUGUCUGAGAGUCGACAUCGUCGCCUGAAGAUCGCAUUGAGCGUGAAACUCGUUGGUUAUGAAUUUAAAUAUUCACGAUACUGAACAUUGUAUAUCUUAAUAAUAAAUUAAAGCCCUGGUCAAACAAUCAGAGUUGAUGAGAGUUGGCAAGCGAGAGUUUACAGAACAGUUUUGUUAUGCUACAGUAGGUCGAAAGUAGUUCACAUAUCAUUUUUUUUUCUUAUCACCUUCAUCAAAAUUUGUAGUUUCUCAUUCAAAAAGUCAAACUACAUUCAAAACUAUGUCCAUUUGGCAUGCUGAGAAUGUACGUUCAAUAAAUUAUAUAUAUUAUUCAUGUACUACUGUAUUAUAUAGGUGGUUGAUAAUUCAGAUGUUGUUUUGGAAGUGCUCGAUGCUCGAGAUCCGCUUGGAUGUCGUUGUUUCAAGGUAAAUUUCCCUCUGUUCGAUUUAAAUGCCCAUAAAUAACGUUUCCUUAUCUGCAGGUACCGGAAUUCAGUAUCGAGUGCAGUAAUACAGGUAGUACCAGUAUGCGAUAAUUCGCAAAUGCCGGAGAUACAGUAUGCCAAUAUUACGGUCUGCGGAUCUGGUACUUCUUUGUUUUCAGUCACGUACCACUAAGUACCCAAUAUUCUCGCUAUCUAUAUGUAUUGAAGUUGAAAUUUAUAAUGCAGGAUCCCACUGAAAAACACUUUGGUGACGUGGGUAUAUCCUGGAUAAAUAUAAUAAUAAUAAUAAUAAUAAUAACAAUUAUUGCGUACUUACUAAUUUGGCUGGUACCAUAUGAACUUUCCAAGGUAUUCAUUACAGCCAUUUGGUCGGUAUACGUGUAAGCUUGACAUGUCUUUGUAUAUGCAAUUGUGCUCCUUGUUCUAACAUGAAGUUUGAAUACCUUUCUGAAACUUGAUGUACUUUAUUUUAAAGACAAAGUACACAUUGCGUGUUGAGCUUGUACUAGCUCAAGAGUGAAAAUCUUGAAUUAUCACACCCUAAGUACUGUAACAUUCCGUUGCAUUUUCACUCAUAUGUCAUCCCCAAUCUCCUAUUAAAUAUUGUGCAAAUCGUUUAGGUCGAAGAAGCGGUGUUAUCAGCGGGAAGCAAUAAGAAAAUCGUUCUUGUUUUAAAUAAAAUUGGUAAGUUUGAGAACAUUCACUAUUGCUAGAAAUUAUUUGCUCGAAACGUAUGGGGAAGUCGAAAGGACGAACACGAAAAAAUCACAUCAAUGACUCGUGCGUGUUGACGCUGAAGAAGACAUAUCUCACUUUCGCUCUUCAUUUUUGCGCAUAUUGAUUUAUUCCUAAACUAGAUGGAAACUUAUCUUAUUUUUCACUGUAUAUUCGUAUUUAGAUCUUGUACCUGCGUCAGUUGUUGCAGGAUGGUUGAAACAUUUACGAAACGAAUUCCCAACCAUCGCUUUUAAAGCAUCAACACAAACACAGAAACAGCAUUUAGUAAGUACUGGUAUAAUGAAAUUAUUAAAUACAGGGUGUCCCAAAAAAAGGUGCAAUAGCUACUGUAUGUUCCUGAUUUUUACACAGCAAAUCAUUAGUGCAUGGGUAUCGAAAAGUCAAAUUGAGAGAUGAAUUUUGAAAUUUACAGUAGAUUGGUAAAAUUGCUCUUACGUCUGUAUUCUAAAAGCUCACUCACGCUCACACUCAAAGAGUGGAGGUUCAAUCUGAACUUCCCUGGAGUGUCAAUGGUGUUUUUGAAUAGCUGGAUGGUUAGUGUCGUUCCUUACUAUGUGACUACUCGCCCUCCAGCUAUUCAAAAACAGCAUUGACAUGCACUCAAGGGAAGUUGAGAUUGAACCUCCACUCUUUGAGUAUGAGUGAGCUUUUAGAAUAUAUAUAUAUAUAGGCGUAAGUAAAUCUGAUGUUAUGGCCGCUAAAAAAAAGUCUGGUUCACUCAUGGAUGAAGAGGUUCGAUGCUCCUUCGCUCUAAACAGCCUCAACAUCGGUUCUUCUAGACCAAUUUUAAUAAUCUUAGCGUCAAAAUGAAAAUUUAUCUCCUACAGAAUGAGCAUUUCCAUACUUAGGUUCUCUAGGUUUUCUACAAAGUUUAGCUGUGUAAAAACCGGUAAAAAUCGUAUUGCCCUUUUUUGAGACACUCUGCAUGUAUAAUAUAGAUUGGCUGUAUGUGGAUUCGGUGGUGGAUUUGUGAUCAAGUGUACUGUAAAGUAUCCUGUAUGGUGAUAAUAAUAUAGCGAGGUUUAGAAUUUGACUUUCAUGAACUGCCGCUACCAUUAAACAAUCAGAUGUAUUUAAUCUGCCCAAUUAGCCAAUCAAAUGCUUAUUAAUUAAUCCUUUGAGCGGUAGUGGAAGUCAAAUCUCAACCUCUCCUAAUAGCAUAGGUUGUAACUCAAGUACGUACAUGAGGUACUUCUUUGUUUUACAUGUAUUUCAGUACCAUGUGAAAUGAUAACUAUACAUUUACAUUCGUAUCUUUUCUUUGAUUUAUUAGGCCCAGAGUAAAGUGCCGACGUCCUUGGCUUCUGAUGGCUUGCUAUCAACUAGUCUAUGUAUGGGAGCUGGUACCCUCAUGAAACUUCUGGGAAAUUAUUGUCGAAAUAAGAACAUUAAAACUGCAAUAACAGUCGGGGUAGUAGGUAUGAAAUAAACUGAACUUCAAUCAGAUUUAUUUUAAUAGCUAAUUUUGCAUGACAAAGAUAUUUCUGAAAGGCUGAUUGGUAAUGAUGGUGGGAAUGACGAUGAUGGUGGUGCUGGUUGAUAGUAGUUGUGAUCAGGUGAUGAUUAGGUGCUGUAGAUGGUAAUGGUCGGUAAGACGAUGAAUGAUGGUAAUGGUGAAUAGUAAAUGAUUAUAUACAGUACAUGAUAUUAAUAAUGGUGGUAAUGAAGAGGAUGUUGAUGGUAAUGAUGUCAUGAAUGUUAUCGUAGGUGAUGGUGAUGUUAAUAGUCUUAAGGCGGAUUUCCAGUCCUCGCACGAAGCUCCUCGCUGCGAGUGCAUGCAUGAGCACUUUCAUCCAAUCACAAUGCUAAACAGUUAAUUUUAAUUAGAUGCAAGCACUCGCAGGGAGCUGCGAGGCGCUUCGUACGAGGACUGGAAAACCGCCUUUAGUGACAAUGAUGUGAUGGCAUCAGUCAGCCGGUAACGAUAAUGGUUACGUGGCGAUAAUGGUGUUAGUGAUGGUGAUAGUGAUACCAAUGUUAGUCUGGCACUGUGGCAGGUGAGGAUCAUGGCUGUAUCAAUAUCGUCGAUGAUGAUGUGAUAGUGAGCUGGUGGUGGUUAUGAUGAAUGUAAUGGCCAGAUGACGAUGAUGAUGAUGGUGGUGAUGGUGAUGAUGAUGAUGAUGAUGAUGAUGAUGAUGAUGAUGAUGAUGAUGAUGAUGAUGAUGAUGAUGAUGAUGAUGAUGUUGAUGUUGAUGAUGAUGAUGAUGAUGAUGAUGAUGAUGAUGAUGAUGAUGAUGAUGAUGAUGGUGGCGGCGGCGGCGAUGAUGAUGAUCAUAAUCAUGGUUGUGGUUAUAGUGAUAGUUGAAAUACAGGCAUGAUAGCGGUGAUAAUAUCCUUGACUCUAUUUGGCACACUUCAACACAAAAAUACAAAAUAGUUUAAAACAAGCUAAAAUAUUUUUAUUUCGUUUCAGGUUUUCCCAAUGUUGGGAAAAGCAGGUGAGAUUUUUUUGUGUUUUAUGUCUUCAAAUAUGUCCAUGGUAUCAGUUUGGAGAUAUCCUCUCUUACUUCUACACUUCACAUACACUGUAAUAUUUAUCUAGUUUGAUAAACAGUUUGAAAAGGUCAAGGUCGUGUACUGUCGGUGCAACUCCUGGUGUCACAAAGUAAGACUCUUUCAUUCAUUAUAAAGCUUUAACAGGUUUUACAACUCAGUUGACCAAGGAUCGUUCUCGAAAAUUACCUCAUGAACUGCAGCCAUAUGCAAUAUACAGUAUCACCUACGCUGUAUGCGUGUGUGCUUGAUACAUAAGCUAGCGUUCUCCUGCACUGCCAAAUUUUACCAUGCACCUGUGGCAGAAAUGAUCAAACUUAUUUGACAUUUGUGCAGGCUAAGAACGACAGAAAUCCAAGACAAUUGAGGGGAGAGUCUUUUUUUAAUCUUAAAUUCCAUGCAACAUAUAGCUUAGUUUACAGCCUAUCAACGCUUUUAUAGUUGAAAAAUUAUUAAUACAGCUUUGUUACAAAGUUAGUCGUUUAUCUUUUUAUUGCUUUCAGAAAUUAUGGGGGCGGGCGGUUCCACUCCCCUUUGUCCUUCUCUUUCCCUAUUGUCCACCACUGGAUCAAAGAAGGGAGGUGUCUGCUUACGAAAUCAGUGACGAUGUAAUGUUUGCUUGGUAACAAGCUGUAUAUGUACAGGCGACAGGCAUAAUGUGAUAGUUUUUAAUGGUUCGAUUGUAUGCUUUUACUUUGUUAAGAAAUGUGCAAGAAGUUCAGUUGGAUAAACAUGUGAAAUUGUUGGAUAGUCCUGGCAUCGUGAUGGAUUCUGGGACAUCAGAUAGUUCCAUUAUAUUGAGAAAUUGCGUGAAGGUAUAUCUGGUGAAAGUCCGUAACUGCGUGGAAUAUGUGAAUUUUUAAGGCUGACCAAGCCAGAAAUGAUAGUACUGUAUAUAUUGGUUGCCCCUACCGUCUAACAUGGAAUGUUAACUGAUAUAGACAUCAAGCUUUUUGAGUUAAUUUAAAAUUUGAUGUUAGCAUUUAGCAAGCAUUUAACAUCAGAAAUGAAAUGAAAAAAGAAUAUUAACGCAGUUUUUUAUGCGCUCUUAUCAGCUGUCAUCGACUUUGGGCUUUUUCAAAUUUCGAUGAGACUUGAUGAAAGUUUUUUCGGUAGUAUCCAGACAUCUCUCAUCAACUCUCGUGUAACUCUUGUUCUCUCUAAAUCGGGGCAUGAAAUGAGAAAACUCGUAAGCAAGCAAGCUCUUUCUUGCCAACUGUCAUCAGCUCUCAUUUUCGUUUGACCAGGGCUUCUUUAUUUGUAUUUAGAUUGAAUCUCUUCAUGAUCUUGUCACGCCUGUUGAAACUAUCCUGAAGCGAUGCAACAAAAGGCAGGUACUGUAUCACAUAGUCAAUGGCAAAUCCCCAUUGAAUUUUACUAACCUGUAUUCACGAAUAUCAGUGAUGUAUGUACUGUACAUGCACAGUUGUUGUACCUCAAGAGCCGUAAAAAUCAACAACUGUUUACCUUUUAUCGAUUUGUAAUCGAAGUAAGUCAACAUGUAAAAGGAAAUGCAAGCAAAUAUUGGAAAUCCUGAUCGUGUGAUGAUUACGUUGAUCUUGCCUAUAUUAUUCGGACAGUUUCAACUGUUUCUUAAUUUGUCUCUAUUAUUAUAAUUAACCGUCUUUAAUUUAACCUGGAAUGAUUUAUAUACUGUACAUCAUUAAAAAUUAUUAUAUACAUGUAUUUUAUAUAUACUUUUCGCUCAGCCCAUCAUUUCUUUUUCAAUUAUUGAAGGUGAUGGAGAAAUAUCGCAUACCUGACUACGAUGAUACUCAGCAGUUUCUGGGUGAACUUGCUAAGAAAAUGGGCAAGUUAAAAAAAGGUUGGUGUCUGCUGUACCUUUAAUAUGUUUAUAUUAUGCGUGACAACAUAUUUGAUCUUAUCUUAAUAAAUAAAUAAAGUUGAUCAGGCAGUGUGUUGAGAAAUGCUAGAAAACGUAGCAGAGACGACGCGAUUAUUUUGCAAUGUGCCUCAUUUUCAACUGACGACAGAAUAGUCGUUUCCGAAAAUUUGAAGCCUCUUUUCCAACAGUACUUUCAUCCAAUCACAAUGCCCGAUAGUUUAUUUUAAUUAGCCUUUCUCACGGCCGAUUCCCCCCCGCCAUUUCUGAGUACUGCCUGGUAAAUUUACAGUCACAACUUUUAAAAGUUGCUUUUCACGUUGUUUGAAUAAUUGAAUUGUCUAGAAUCUUUCACAAGGGCAAAUAGUACCUAACAAAUGGCGGAUUUGGGCCUUCGCGAGAAAGGCUAAACUAGAUGCAUGCUCUCGCAAGCGAGCUUGUGUGAUGAGUUGGAAAGAGCCUGUGUAGCCGAGCAGGUUAAACGUUCCUACUUGGUUAAUGGUAUAGUUGUAGCGGUAAUACAAUCUGAAUGACCUCUAUUGUUUAUCUAGGCGGUGUUCCUGAUGUAAAUGCUGCAGCCAAAGCUGUGCUUGGUGACUGGAACAAGUGAGCAGACACGAUGUUUUCAUUUCUCGCAUGCUAACGUCCUCUUCAAUCAAAAGCUUUAUUUGGAAUUUGUGUAUUUUACUAAUUUACUUACUGUAUAUUCUCUCUCUCUCUUUUUCAGUGGCAAGAUCGUGUUCUACACCCACCCCCCUGAGCAACAUGAUUUACCUGCUCAUUUAUCUGCAGAAAUUGUUCAAAGAUGGGGGACCGAGUUUGAUCUGGUAAGUUUUUGGCGUUAUUUUUGCUUUUUAUAGUUUGAAAUGUGAAACGAAAGAGUGAAAUGUUUGCAAACUUUCAAUUCAAAAUAUUCCAAUGUGUUGUAACUGUACAAUUAUGAAAAGCCAUUAGCAAACUUGAUUAUGAGUGCUGAAUAAUCACGGCAUGUUCAAUGUUGAAAGUGUGUGUAUAACUUCAUAUCAUUCAUAUGUAUAACUUCAAUGUCGAAGAUAUAUUGAAAAUAUGUGCAUAAAUACUUAAAAAAAUGCAUUAAUAAUUCAUGAGGAAAAGACAAAGGAAAUCAUUACGGUGUCGGUGGUGUUAUGGGUUACAGUACAUGCGUGUGCGUGAUGCAUGCACAGGAAAUUUCUAUUUUUGAAUUUUUCUACCAGGAAGAGAAAUAUCAUUACGCCUGGUUUUGGGGUAAAUGAACGAAUGUGAAUUCCGUCAUAUAGCUUACUGUACGAACAUAUCUCAAAAAGCCUUUUAGAAAAUACGGUAUUUGGCAAUGCCCGCAAACAAUGAAGAUGCAUAUUAAAGCAUGGCCUAGCUAGAACAAUGUCAAAAUAUUAAGUUGGAAUAUGUAUCUGUUGAGCGUAUAUUGGCGGCUAUAUGAGUACUUUGUUACAUGUUUAUACCUACUUUUAGCUACUUUGAGCAUUUGCUAAAUUUAUUCACAGGCAAAAUCCACUUUAAAGAUAUCUAUGACAACAACCCUGCCCUUUUUGUUCGCUUUCGCUUGUAUCUGAAAGCACGUCUUCAAACCGGCAUACUGUACUACAAAACAUGGAUUGGACUCAUGACUCGUGGACUCAAAAUUCGACUGAAAUUUCGAAGAACGCGAAACUGGACUAAAAGAAUCUUUGCCUACAAAGCAGACCUGCCAACUGUCACGCAUUUAUACAAUUAUAACGUCAUAUGGAAUAACCUUGACACCGCAAACAUCAGUUUUUCGAAACAUGUAUCUGUCGAAUUUUGAGUCCAUGAGACUAAGAGUUCACAGGUCCAUUCCAUGUUUUGUGUUAUGCCGGUUGACGUUUCCGACGAGUACUCGAAUCCGGAAACUUUAAAAUGUCAUAAAGAUUUUUUAUUGCAAAACAAAGCCAAAGCGAAGACGGAAGUGUUUCAAAAUCUCGCAUGUCUCUUGCUCUCGAUUUAUUUGCUUUACAAUGUGAAAUAAAUCUCGUAAAGAAAGAUUAUUGGUAUCCAAUCUUUAAAUACAAAGUAGAGCAAUAUUUCUAUGAGCUGUAAAGAAUGGCUUGUUGCCCGACAGAAGAGAAAUAUGGCUACGAAGAUUGUCGAUUUGAGAAAGACUUCGACGAAAAUUUUCAUUGUUCUAUCUGCUACAAUGUUCUUAAAGAACCAAGGACGUGUAGGAAUAAUGAUCACAUCUUUUGUCUUGCCUGCAUCACUCAGCAUUUAAAAGUGAACUCUCAAACUUGUCCUGAAUGUAAUGAUCAUUUGAGCGUCGAUACGCUUCGUCGGCCGCGUGUGUUGAACAAUUAUUUGUCUAAACUAAAGAUAACUUGUGAUCAUGCCAGUCGAGGGUGCCCUCAGUUUACCUGUCUUGAACAACUCAAACUUCAUGUUGCAGAUUGUGGCUAUGCACCUGUGUUGUGUUCAAAUGCAGAGUGUGGUAUGGAAAUUAACAAGCAAGAUAAGGUCCAUCAUGAGACUGAAGUUUGUGAUUAUAGAAAAGUGAAAUGUCAUGACUGUGGGCAGAUACAAGAAUCUGUGGGAAUAUUGAAAGGAAGUUUAAUAGAACUGAAUGGGAAAGUGGAACAAGCAGUCAAGGGAAUAAAGAACACAGACGAAAAAGUGGAAGCAGUGAAGGAAAUAAAAAAAAGAUGGACAAGAAAGUGGAAGCAGCAAAUAGACAAACGAAGAAAGAAAUUGGAGAAGUUAAGAAAGAAGUCAAAGAUAUAAAGGACAAUCUUUCCAAAGUAAAUAAAGACGUGGACGAAGUGAAAGUCAUGAUGAUUCAAAUGUUGAAGAAGUUAAAUAUGCUUGAACUGCAUAACAAACUACCGUCUCCGACUGAGGGAAUGUUGAACAGACCAAGAGAGGAUAUUUUGAUUGCAGGCGGAUAUGGAGGACCUUGUAAUGAACCUGGCAAAAGUACGGAAGUCUAUUCCUGGGAGAAAAAUGGUUGGGUUGACGUCUCACCAAUGAAUGAAGACCAUGAAGGAGCUUCAUCAUUUAUUUAUAAAGAUCAGUUCUUUGUUGUUGGGGGCGAAUAUAGUAACGCCAUAGAGACCUUGGAUGUCAAUGAAUUACCUUCGAAAUGGAGGAAAUUUCAUGGAGAACUGCCUUAUGCGUGCGGUGAUCAUCAAACUGUCGUUUACCAGCAGGGUAUCAUUCACAUUGGUGGAUAUAAGUGGGGCCAAGGCAAAUAUUCGAACGAGAUAAGUGAAUUGCAACUCACUACUUCACCUUGCAUUAUGAAAGAGUUGUGUCAAAUGCCUGAACCACGAGAAUGUCAUGGCGCUGAGGUAGUUGAAGAUAAAUUGCUGAUUUUAGGAGGACAUAACUGUGAUCAGACUACAGACAGUGUAUUGAAGUUCGAUCCGAAAAGGAAUGAAUGUAAAGAGAUGCCAAAAUGACCGUUUCCUUUGACGAAAAUGGCGACAGUUCGCUGGAGAGAUGAAGUGGUUGUGCUUGGAGGUCGUGAUAAGAAUGAUGAAGUUCUGAAUGGUGUCUUCAUGUACAACUCCAAAACAGGCAAGAUUACAGCCUUACCAUCCAUGUUAGAGAAGAGAGAUGGAUGUUGUGCAGUUAUUACUGGAAAUACCAUUGUCGUGAUGGCAGGUAGGAAUGAGAAACGUGAAUAUCUCAGUUCAGUGGAGUGUUUUACAAUGGGCAGCUCUACAUGGGAGUAUCUUUCUGCCAUGAACAAACCAAGAUCCACAGCAGUUGCUGAAGUUUUACCUUCCACACGAAAAUAUGUGUAAAUUGGAUGUUUUGACAAUCAUAAGACGUUUAUUCAUAAUUAGAUUACGUUUACGGACCUGCUUACAUGCUUUAGCUUUGCUGGGUUGAGAGAAGGAAUGAUUUUUGAAUAUAUUGAAAUUUGUUGCAGUUUAUCAUUCAGAAAUAUGGCAUCAUAUUUGUAACUGGACUGAGUAGAAGUCAGUCAAAGUAGUCACAAUAAUUUUGUUAAACUACAGGUUUGCUCAUGCAGUAGCAUACCAACUCUUGAUGUUGUAAACGUUGCAUGUGACCUAUUUUAAUAUAUUCAAAUCAACUUGCUUCAUCUUGAAUCUCAUAAAUUUUAGUAAAGUUCAUAGCGUUUCUUAAUAUGAUCGCAAAUUUUGGGACAUAUAACUGACUUUUAGACAUUUGACUGGCAUGAUUUCGUUUCAAAUCGUAUCAUUUGAUUAUCUCAAAUUAUAUAAUUAUAGUCCCGUAAUAAGUAGUAAUGACUGUAAUUUGUAAGGGAUUAAUAAAAUUAUAUACCUUAGCUCUCUAAUCGAACUAUGGAAAUUUCGCUCAUUUAUUCAACUCUAACCGACAAAAGCGAAAUAUUUUGAAUCGUCAAGACUGCUGUUCUAUCGAAAAACUGCACAAGUUCGGCUACCCGAUUCAAAACAUCACCCCAGAAAAAACCUUGUCUUUCAGUCAUUUUAGUUUCACCUUCAAUUAUUGAACAAUCCGUUGCUGUCCUUGAAACAGUCUGCUAAAGAUGAGAAUCAAAUCUAAUCUGAAAUUUCAAGCUUUUAAACUUAGAGAAAAAAGUUUUUCCAGGCAGAACCUUAAUUUUGUAUAAUUUAUAAAUAAUAGGAAUUUUUGUUCGUAUAUUAGGUAUAUAGCAGAUUUUAUCGUGUCAGAUUUCAGGGUAUAUAGCAGAUUUUAUCGUGUCAGAUUUCAGAAAGAAUCUUUCUUGAGUGAAUCUUUCGUGUGGUAGCUAAGAAGGCAAAUUGUAAAACAAAUCUUCGAGAUUUCUCGAGUCCUCAAAACAUGUUUCACUAUAGUCAUGUUGCUCUAGAAGUCACGUACGAGUCAUUGGGUUCUUUUCUUUGUCGAGAGUCGUGAAAAGAUCAGUAAAAUGUGAGCUGCAUGGAUUUGCCUAAUUUUCACUGUGAACAUGGGAUUUAGAUCACAGGCACUGGGAUUCGUGCCGCCGCAGGGGCGGAUUCAGACAGGUUUGACAGGUUUAUAUAAACCUGUCAGAUUUUCCAAAGAAAGAAAAUCUAUAACCUUCCAUGUACAUAUAUAACUAAUUUAAAGAAUAUUCUGUUUCAUAAACUUGAUGUUGUCUAAUUUAAAUACUCUUAUUGAAAUUUGAUUCUGGAUUACCGAGCGUAUUUAGACCCACUUACAUAAUAAGCAUUUAAUUAAUUAAGGACUUAUCGCGUUGGUGUCCUGUUACGAAAUGUUGUAAUACUACACAAAUAAUCUGCUAAUGUAUCGUCGUGGGUCGUGGACAGAAUCACACAUAACCGCCCGCAAUUAUGAGUAAACCGGUAUGGAGGUAGCCUGUGCACAGCCUGUAUUACUCUGUACUACAGAGUAAUACAGGCUGUGCACAGGCUAGUAUGGAGGGUGAUUACCGCCAAAAUUAAUAUUUGAAUUUUGCAUUCCAAGUUCUAGAUUUUGUUGUUCGUUCCGUGCUUUUUGAUAUCAAUGAAUUGAAUUUUGAUAUUAAAGAAUUGAAUUUUGAUGUUCGCAAUUGCAUUUGCACUUCUGUUUGCGCAUUUUGUCCUUAAGCAUUCCAUUGUGAUGACGUAACAUUAUGCGUGACCCUCAGAACACAAUUUUCAACUCGAUUUAAUGAUAAUUUAUUUCCCGCAAAAAUUUUAAUGUUACCUACAUGUAUUAAAUAUGAUCAUACAUAUAAAUUUACAGUAAACAAGACGCUUGCUGGGCGUUUCAUACUCGAUCUAAAGAAGUGUUUUUGCUGAUGUUUUUAGAAGUGGAGAGUUUGUAUUUGUAAAUAAUCGUAUUCAGCGUAUUCACAAUUUCACAUCAAGAUUUACUUCAUACAUUUCACAUCUUAAAGUGCAUUAUUUUAAUACGAGUUAAUUCAGCGAGCUACUUGUGCCAAACCGAAAAAUCGUGUGUCCACGUAUCUUGUGGCUUAAAAGAACGCGUUUGUCCCCAAGAAUUACCUCGACCGCGCUUCGCCGGAGGUUGAUGAACGAGGCUGCUAUUGUUAGCCCUAUUGUACAGGGAGAAUAGUCGCCGAAAUUCAUCGUGACUAGAGGUUGUGGCUUGUUGACUUAGAGCAGGUUGAAUUCAAUUGGACGCACUGUAUUUCCCAUAUUGCUGUUCCUUGCACAGCAUCCUUCACUUUCAGCAGAAUUGUGCGUUAAACUGCUUGCUGCACGGCGUAAUAUUAAAAGUUGCUACUUCUUGUGAUUUUGAACGGUUCUCAGCCAUUUUAUCCGUAUGCUGAACAGCCGAAGUAACAAUGUUGGAAUAAUUAGAGAUAAUUAAAAUUUUUGCGGGAAAUAAAUUAUCAUUAAAUCGAGUUGAAAAUUGUGUUCUGAGGGUCACGCAUAAUGUUACGUCAUCACAAUGGAAUGAUUAAGGACAAAAUGCGCAAACAGAAGUGCAAAUGCAAUUGCGAACAUCAAAAUUCAAUUCUUUAAUAUCAAAAUUCAAUUCAUUGAUAUCAAAAAGCACGGAACGAACAACAAAAUCUAGAACUUGGAAUGCAAAAUUCAAACAUCAAUUUUGGCGGUAAUCACCCUCCAUAAACCGGUGGUCAGAGUUUUCUCAAUGAGAGUAAACCGGUCGAUACGCCAUUCGAUGACAUUCGAUUGGCUGAACGGCUGCCCUCCGACGGAUGUAAACCGGUCAUAAACCUGUGAGUCGAGCAGUAUUUAGAGAAAACUGGGAAUGAAAGUUAACAGAACUCGAGGACGCGCGAAAUGUGUUUAUAAUUUUGCGUGACUAAAAAUUGCGUUGGCGAUAGAAGCAUUUACAUGGAUUUCUUGUUCAUUUUGAAGGUUUGUUUAAAAGUAUAUAGCCUAAAGUUAUAACUGUAAGCUAUUUCUACUUAGUGUAUAAUAAAUAUCGAUCCGUCAACAAGCGUAUCGAUGUUUAUACGUGUAACUUCUACACAGUCUACACAGUCAUGAUAGCGCGAAAUAUGUGUAUAUAUAUUCUUAUAAUAUUGCGUGACCGAAUCAUUGCGUUUGCGACUCGAGAAUCAGGAAAUAAUUGUAAAGCUUUCACGCUCUGGAUCUUGCAGUUUGGUUUCUAUUUCAUUGUUAAAGCGGUUGGUUUGAAAGCGUAUAGAUCUAAAAUUACAACUACGUUUAUAUUAAAAGCGUCUCUACUUGUUGUAGUUAUAAUAAAUAUCAAUGCGUCAGCAAUUUGCCAGUCCUAUAUUUUUAUCACCAGCUAAUAAGUUUCCGAAAAGGUUCAAUUCAUUGUUUGAGCUGCGUAUAUUAGUCCAAAAUUCUCUUAAAAACAUGUAUUUUCUAACCAUUAAAUUAAUUUAAAAGGUGACGCCAGAACGCAGGAAAUGCUGUUUAAGAGGCCCGAAUUUUAAAAAUUUCCCGGGGUGCAUGCCCCCGGACCCUCCCCCCCUAGUGGUUGUGUGGACCUAGUAAACCUGUCAUCCAAAACGCUGUAUCCGCCCCUGCGCACAAGCAAUUUUGUUGCUUGGAAUGAGAUGUGGCAAUCAUGGCGAUGGAUUACUGGAUUUCAGACAAAAUUUUGGCUGGGAAAAAUUUUGUUUUUCAAGGAAGCAUUCCUCAGUUUCACUAUACUGAUUGACUGUAACAUAUGUAAUGCAUUCAACACUGAAUGUUUUCAAUAGGGUCUGCAGCGCUACAGAUAUCAGAUUAACUGCACUAUAUUUUAUGCAUUAAUAUCAUGUUCCCUGAAUGUUUUCAAUAAGUUUCGCUGAAUGGUCUAUAAAGCAUAGAAAAUGCUAUAGAUUCUAUUGGACGUUUUAUUUCUCAGGGAAACGUUCCUGUUCUACUGAUUAUAACUCUAUUUGACAAGUCUCUCAGGCUCUCUUUGCACGGAACUGUACGGAUUUGUAGCUGGUUUACACGUGACACAUGAAACCAAUUUAAUUUGCAAAGUUCCGCAUUUCGGCAUUUGUACGAUACCAUCUGCGUGAUCACUUGUAGCUUUAUACCAACUUGAACUGGUUGUAAUUUGUCAAAUAAUUCAAAAUUGAUAGUAUAUAGUUGUAUGUAUCUUCAGUAGAAUUAGUACGGAUUUACUAAAUUGUUGAAUAGGAGUUUCAACUAGGUUUUAACUAUCAUUAAAUUAUGGAUUUCGGUUAAAUUAAAUGCAUGUUUUAGUGCGCCGGAAAUUCAUGCCGUGACCUUUCAUUAUCGCAUUCAUAUUUCCAAGUAUUUUGAAUAAUCAAGGUGUUGUUAUUGCAAAAUCGAUCCAAAGCGAAGGCGGAAGUCUGUUUUUUGCUCUCGAUUUAUUUCCUUUACAAUGUGAGACAAACCUGGUAAAGAAAGAUCAUUGGUAUCGAAUCUUUAACUAGAAGGUGACGCAAUGUUUCAAUGAGCUGUAAUGAAUGGCAUGCUGCCCGACAGAAGAGAAAUAUGGCUACGAAGACUGUCGAUUUGAAAAAGAUGUCGACGAAAAUUUUCAUUGUUCUAUCUGCUAUAAUGUUCUUAAAGAACCAAGGACGUGUCGGAACAAUGAUCACAUUUUUUGUCUUGCCUGCAUCACUCAACAUCUAAAGGUAAAUUCUCAAACUUGUCCUGAAUGUAAUGAGCAUUUGAGCGUAGACACGCUUCGUCGACCUCGUGUGUUGAACAAUUAUUUGUCUAAACUAAAGAUAAAUUGCGAUCAUGCCAGUCGGGGAUGCCCUCAGUUCACCUGUCUUGAAGAUCUCAAAACUCACGUUGAGAAUUGUGGCUAUGCACCUGUGUUGUGUUCAAAUGCAGAGUGUGGUAUGGAGAUUAACAGGCAAGAUAAAGUCCAUCACGAGACUGAAGAUUGUGAAUAUGGGAAAGUGAAAUGUCAUGACUGUGGGCAGAUACAGGAAGCUGUGGGAAGAGUGGAAGGGAGUUUGGUGGAACUGGGUGGGAAAGUAGGACAAGCAGUGAAGGGAAUAGAGAACAUGAACGAAAAAGUGGAAGCAGUGAAGGAAAUGAAUAAGGAAAUGAACGAAAAAGUGGAAGCAGCAAGUGAGCAAACGAAGAAAGAAAUCAGGGAAGUUAAGAAAGAAGUCAAAGAUAUGAAAGACAAUCUUUCCAAAGUAAACAAAGACGUGGACGAAGUCAAAGUCAUGAUAACUCAAGUGGUAGAGAAAUUAAAUAUGCUUGAACUGCUAAACAAACUGUCAUCUCUGACUCAGGGAAUGUUGAACACUCCAAGGGAAGACAUUUUGAUUGCAGGUGGAUAUGGAGGGCUUUCGAGCAAAUUUGGCAAAAGCACGGAAAUCUAUUCCUGGGAGAAAAAUUGUUGGUUUGAGGUGUCGUCAAUGAAUGAAGACCAUAAAGGAGCUUCAUCAUUUAUCUAUAAAGAUCAGUUAUUUGUUGUGGGGGGAGAAGAAAGUAAGACAAUAGAGACCUUGAUUCUCAAUGAAUUACCUUUGAAAUGGACGAAAUCCCGUCGAAAACUGCCCUAUCAGUGUGAUGAUCAUCAAACUGUUGUUUGCCAGCAGAGUGUCAUUCGCAUUGGUGGAUUUCAAUAUGGCAAAGGAUGGUCUAACGAGAUUAGUGAAUUGCAUCUUACUUCACCUUACAUUAUGAAAGAGUUAUGUCAAAUGCCUGAACCACGAAAUGGUCAUGGCGCUGAGGUAUUUGAAGAUAAAGUGCUGAUUUUAGGAGGACAUAACUAUGGUAAUACUUUAGACUGUGUAUUAAAGUUUGAUCUGAAAAAGAAGGAAUGUAAAGAGAUGCCAAAGUUACCGUUUCCUUUAACCGGAAUGGCGACAGUUCGCUGUGGAGAUGAAGUAGUUGUGCUUGGAGGUCGUAACGAGGAUAGCCAAGUUCUGGAUGAUGUUUUCAUGUACGACUCCAAGACAGGCAAGACCACAACCUUACCAUCCAUGUUGGGGAAGAGAGAUGGUUGUUGUGCAGUUAUUACUGGAAAUACCAUUGUCGUCAUGGGAGGUGAGAAUGAGAAACGUGAAUAUCUCAGUUCAGUGGAGUGUUUUACAAUGGGCAGCUCUACAUGGGAGUUUCUUCCUGCAAUGAACAAACCAAGAUCCAAAGCAAUUGCUGAAGUUUUACCUUCCACACGGAAAUAUGUGUAACUUGAUUGAUUUUGGUGUAUUGAAAUAUGUUAAGGUAUUGAAAUAUGUUAAGAUUCAGAAAUGUGGCAUCAUAUUUGUAACUGGGCUAAACAAAAGGCUGUCAAAGUAGUCAUAAUAAUUUUGUUGAACUACAGGUUUGAUCAGUAACAUUCCAGUUCUUCAUGUUUGACCUAUUUUAAUAUAUUUAAAUCAUCCUGCUGCAUGCCUAUAGCGUUUCUUAAUGCGAUCGAAAAUUUGGAGACAUAUAAUUGACUUUACCAUUUGGCUGGCAUGAUUUCGUUUUAGAUCGUAUCAAUUGAUCACUGUAUCUCAAAUUAUAUAAUUAUAAGCUCGUGAUACGUAGUCUCGACUGUAAGUUGUAAUGGAUUAAUAAAUUUAUAUACCUAUAUCUCUAAUCGAACUACUCAAGUUUCGCUAAUUUAUUCAACACUAACCGACAAUAGCGAAAUAUUUUGAAUUGUCAAGACUACUGUUUUAUCUAAAAAACUGCACAAGUUUGACUACCCGAUUCAAAAUAUACCAGAAAAAGCCCUGUCUUUCAAUAAUUUAAGUUCCAUCUGCUGUCCUUGACACUGCAGUCUGCUAAAGAUGAGAAUCAAACUUAAUCUAAAAUUUCAAGCUUUCAAAAUUUGAGAGAUAAUCUUUUCCAUGCAGAACAUAUAUUAAUUUUGUAUAAUUGAUAAAAAAUGAGGAAAUUUUUUGUUCGUAUAUAUUAGGAAUAUAUGAGAUUUUAUUGUGUCAGAUUUCAGAAAGAGUCUUUCUUGAAUGGAUGUUUUGGAUGUCAGCCAAGAAGGCAAAUUUCUAAACAAAUCUUCGAGAUUUCUCGAGUUCUAAAAGCAUGUUCACUAUAGUCUCUAGAGGUCACGUAUGAGUGAGUCGUUGGGUUCUUUUCUUUGUUGAGAGUCGUGAAAAGGUAAAAUGCGAGCUGCAUGGAUUUGCCUAAUUUUUACUGGGAACAUGGGAUGUGCAUCACAGGAUGGGAUUUGCACCAGCAAUUUUUGCUUCGAAUGAGAUGUUGGCAAUUACGGGGACGGGUACAGUAAGUGUGUUUCAGACAAAAUUUUGGCUGGGAAAAUAGGAUUGAAUCCCCGUUCUUCACGAUCGGCAGGCGCUAAAAUUUAGUUUUUCAAGAAAGCAUUCCUCUAGCACUGAAUGCUUUUGAUAGACAAUAUCAUUAAUAACCAAAGUAACUAUGUUCUCCAAAACAUAAAAAAUGCAAUAUGAGGGUCUAAAAUUUGUCAAGAAAGCAUUUUUCAGCAAGCCUACAGAUAACAGAUUAACCGACUAUACUUUAUGGAUUAAUAUAGUGCCUGGAUGUUUCCAAUAGUUCCGGUCUAUAAAACAAUACAUAUAGAAAAUGCUAUAGGCUGUAUAAAACAUUUCACUUUUCAAGGAAACGUUCCUGCGCUACUGAUGCAUAAUAACUUCUAUUUAAUGCGUUAAAGCUCUUUUGUAACCUUAAUCAGUGACCAAACUUUAGAGUAGGCUGAAUUGAGAGGCUUUGACUUCUAUUAUUUUACUCUUUUUCCUUAAUUAACUGGAAAACCUGCCCACGCCUUUGCAUCUGAGUUCCAAUCUGCUAAUGCAGUGUUUCAAUUCAAGAGCGAUGUUACUCAACCAUCUUACCCAUUCACAGACUAAUCACAGUAUUAAUAAUUUUAAUUGAUUAGAAUUUAUAGACAAGUUACACUAGUCAAAUUUCAAUAUAGAGAAACAGUAACGUCUAUAUACAACAUACUACAUGGGAUCACGUCCACUAUACGUCGUUAAUAAAUCCUAACAAUCCGUGUAAGCGUUUAAAUACGAGUCGGCAAGAUUCUUAGGCUCUCGUUACACGGAACAGUAAGAAUUCGGAGCAAUUUACACCAGACACAUGAAACCAGAUUAAUUUGUAAGGUUCCGCAUUUCGGCAAGCUCUGCUUAUAGUUUGUUGAAUAAUUCAAUUCACAAUUGAAAACAUAUAAUUGCGUGUAUCUUUAGUAGAAUUAGUACUGAUUUACUAAAUUGUUCAAUAGGAACUUCAUCUAGAUUUUAUGGAUUUAAUAUAAAACUGCAUUUGAUAUUCAUAUGCAAAUGAUAUUCAUAUUUCCAAAUAUUUUGAAUAAUCAAUGUUUUGUUAUUGCGAAAUCAAACCCAAGCGAAGGCGGAAGUAUUUCGAAACUUCGCUUCUGUCUUGCUCUCGAUUUAUUUCCUUUACAAUGUGAUACAAACCUUGUAAAGAAAGAUCAUUGAUAUCGAAUCUUUGUGUUGCAAUGUUUCUAUGAGCUUUAAUGAAUGGCUUGUUGCCCGACAGAAGAGAAAUAUGGCUACGAAAAUUGUCGAUUUGAGAAAGAUGUCGACGAAAAUUUUCAUUGUUCUAUCUGCUACAAUGUUCUUAAAGAACCAAGGACGUGUAGGAAUAAUGAUCACAUCUUUUGUCUUGCCUGCAUCACUCAACAUCUAAAGGUGAAUUCUCAAACUUGUCCUGAUUGUAACGAACAUUUGAGCGUCGAUACGCUUCGUCAGCCACGCGUGGUGAACAAUUAUUUGUCUAAAUUAAAGAUAAAUUGUGAUCAUGCCAGUCGAGGGUGCCCUCAGUUUACCUGUCUUGAAGAUCUCAAAACUCAUGUGGGGAAUUGUGGCUAUACACCUGUGUUGUGUUGUGUUCAAAUGCAGAGUGUGGUAUGGAGAUUAACAAGCAAGAUAAGGUCCAUCAUGAGACCGAAGUUUGUGAGUAUAGGAAAGUGAAAUGUCAUGACUGUGGACAGAUACAGGAAGAUGUGGGGAUAUUGAAUGGCAAGGUGGAAGUGCUGACGGAAUUGAAUAAGAAGAUGAAUGGAAAAGUGGAUGAAAUUAAUGAAAAAGUGGAAGCAUCAAGUGGACAAACUAAGAACGAAAUCCGGGAAGUUAAGAAAGAAGUCAAAGAUAUAAAAGAUAAUCUUUCCAAAGUAAACAAAGACGUGGACGAAGUCAAAGUCAUGAUGACUCAAAUGUUAGAAAAAUUAAAUAUACUUGAACUGCUGAACAAACUGCCAUCUCCGACUGAGGGAAUGUUGAACACACCAAGAGAAGAUAUUUUGAUUGCAGGUGGAUCUGGAAGACCUUGGAGUAUUUCUGGCACAAGUGCGGAAGUCUAUUCCUGGGCGAAAAAUGGUUGGUUUGAGGUGUCGCCAAUGAAUGGAAAUCAUGCACAAGGUUCAUCAUUUAUCUAUGAAGAUCAGUUAUUUGUUAUGGGAGGACAACUUAGUAAGAUAAUGGAGACCUUGAAUCUCAAUGAAUUACCUUUGAAAUGGACCCGAUUUCCUGGAGAACUGCCACAUGCGUGGGAUGGACAUCAAACUGUUGUUUACCAGCAGAGUGUUGUUCACAUUGGUGGAUACAAUUAUGAUGAAGGCGAACACUCCAACGUAAUUAGUGAAUUGCAACUUACUUCACCUUGUAUUAUGAAAGAGUUGUGUCAAAUGCCUAAACCACGAGGAUAUCAUGGCGCUGAGGUAUUUGAAGAUAAAGUGCUGAUUUUAGGAGGACAAAACAUCUGGUAAACCUACAGGAAAUGGAAAUACCAUUGUCGUGAUGGCAGGUAGUAAUGAGAAACGUCCAUAUCUCAGUUCAGUGGAGUGUUUUACAAUGGGCAGCUCUACAUGGGAGUAUCUUCCUGCCAUGAACAAACCAAGGUUCAGAGCAGUUGCUGAAGUUUUACCUUCCACACGGAAAUAUUUAUAAAUUGGACAUUUUGACAAUCUUAAGAUAUUUAUAAUUAGAUUACGCUUUCGCGCCUGCUUACAUGGAUCAGCUUUGCUGGAUUGGGAGUGGGGAUGAUUUUGAUAUAUUAAAAUAUGUUGAGGUUUAUGAUUCGGAAAUAUGGCAUCAUAUUUGUAACUGGACUGAGCAAUAGGCAGUCAAUGUAGUCAUUAAUUUUGUUAAACUAUUACAAGUUUCACUUAAAAGUCUAUGUGCGUUGUGACCUGUUUCAAUACAUUUUAGUAUAAUUACAUAGGUGAUUAUUGAAAAUUCUCCACGCUGAUUGGUUGCCAUUGAGGUGAUUAUUACGCGAUAAUCACCUAAGCGAUUUUCAAAAUGGCAGCCGAAGCCGUUUUGUCAAAUUAAAUGACGAAGAAAUGUCUAUUUUUUAUUUUUUUCUAAAUAAUCACCUAUGAAAUUAUACUAAAACAAUUAUUCACCUCAGGCUCGGUGAUUAUCGUGAAUAAAAACCUCGACUUCGUCUCGGUUUUUAUUCACCGAUAAUCACCUCGCCUUCGGCGAAUAAUUGUUAAGUAAUCAUCGUGCUUCAUUCUGAAUCACAUCUUAAUAACAAUAGAUCAGUUGAAUAUAUUCAGAGAAUGUACAAAAUUCUAGUAAAGUCCGUAGCGUUUCUUAAUAGCACAUAUAAUUGACAUUAAGACAUGAUUUCGUUUCGAAAUAUAUAAAUUGAUUAUCUCAAAUUAUAUAAUUAUAGUUUGGUAUUAUAUGGUCAUGACUAUAAACUGUAAGGAGUGAUGAAUUCGAAUAAAAUUAUAUACCCUUGGCCUCAAAUCAAACUGGAAAUUUCUUUCUUUUAUUCAAGUCUGUUGAAAGAGCGAAACACUUGAAUCUUCAAUACUGGUUUUCAAUUUAGAAAACUGCACAAGUUCGGCUAGCAGUAGAUUCAAAAUGUCACACCAGAAAGAAACGUUGCUAUUUAUAUAUCAUUUAAGUUUCACCUUAAAUGAUAAGAUCAGUGCUCCAUCAUGUCUAAGCCGAGAAAAUCAAAGCUAACGUUUAUCCAAAUGAACAUGUUCUGUUUAUCACAUAUAAAACCACCGACACGGUAGUGAUUUCUUUUGUGUCUUUUUCUCAUAAAUUAUUAUUAAUGAAUUUUUCGGAGGUCAGAUUUCGGAAGGAAUCUUUCUUGUGUGGAUGUUUGGGAUGUUAUAGCCAAGAAGCCAAAAAUCACUAUUUCGUCACUAUUUCCAAUUACCCACCUGAUAAAACGAUAAUUUUGUUUCAGGCAAGCUUGGAAAAGGAGGAAAACGAGGAAAUGAAAAGUAAGUAGAUGUCUCUCAUUAAAAGACAUGAUUAUUAGCCAACCAUCUUUCUUUAUGUUUGUCAUACGAUGCUAUCAAUUAAAACCUGAUUAUAAGCUCUAUGGAUAACCAAGUCCAGAACUGAAUGGAAUUUCUAUGAAGGGUUCUAUACUUUCUAUGAAGGAUAAUUUCCAUCUACAAAACUCUUCAACUAUUUAUUCAAUCGAGUGAGAUGCGAACAAAAUCUUGAUAUUUACCCAUUCCGCUACAUGGCAUUACCCUAGUAUAUAUACAUGAACUUGUGGUUAGAGCUCGACAACUGGCCUCUGUAGCUCAGUUUGGUGGAGCGCUGUACUGGAAUUGCAGUAGACCUUUCCCCUUUUAAGUGAAAUUUUGAUCUAGACAAGUCUGGACAAAAAUUUCAUCACAGCUUGAAAGAGCAUCACAAAAUUAGUAAUAUUCCGAAGUUUCGUUGCGAAAUGUUGUAAAAUAAGGAUAAUAUAGCCUUGCGAAGUUUGCCGUUUUUCAGUCAAUUUGCAUUACAAACGGGAAAUUGAUAAUCAAACUGAUCAUCUGAUUAUCAAUUUCCCGUUUGUAAUACCAAAUGAGUGAAAAACGGCAAACUUCGCAGGGUUAUAUUAUCCUUAUUUUACAACAUUUCGCAACGAAACUUCGGAAUAUUACUAAUUUUGUGAUGCUCUUUCAAGCUGUGAUGAAAUUUUUGUCCAGGCUUGUCUAGAUCAAAAUUUCACUUAAAAGGGGAAAGGUUUAUUGCAGGGCCGCAGGUUUGAUGUCUGCCAGAGGGGCUAUACUGCAGUUGCAUUUUUCGCAACUGUUCCUGGUUAGGUCUAAUUGAAUGUAUAAAAUUCACACUCGAAAUUUCCAUCUACAAACCCUUUAACUAUUAUUCAAUCAAACGAGAUGACAACAAAAUCUUGAUAUGGAAUUUCUAUGCCUUGGUCUGAUUUGGUCUUGAUGUUAUCGAUGACUCAUCUGUUAAAAAAACAACCUGUAACCUGUAACCUGCAAUCACCAACCUGUAAUCUGUAACCUGCAUAUCACUUUUUUGUUAUAGACAUGAAAGAACUCACCCAGUCAAUUGAAAAUGCUAUGAUAUUGACCUCAAGUAAACCAUCAGACGCUCAUCUUGAUGACGAGAUGGUAAGUUUUUAGUAACAUCAAGUUUUAAAAUGACUCGAAACACUUUAUAAUAAGACGUUCUAUACAACGUUAACUUGCUGGGGCUAUACAAAUAAGCACAUUUAUACUUUAUAUGGUACCACAGUCAAAUGGACAAUUGAAGGGUUGUCACUUGCUGUUGUUGCAAAAUCUUUAACUGUUCUUAUAAAAGCAUGUAUAGCAGAUACAGUUAGCAUGCUGUUCUUUGUCAUUGAUUUACGCUUUCUGCUGUCGAUCAGGGGAUCAGGGGUGGGAUAUUACUUAGGGGUGGGUGACUACCCAACACCAAUUAUGUGCACUUUUAAAACUUGGUUAAGACAAGUUGUGGUUGGUUCUCUGUUGUGCUUUGCGGUUUUUCUCCAGGUUUUAUUGCAUUGUUACUCUAUUCAAGGCAUGCCUCCUGCUAUUCAAGCUGCAUUCCUUGAAGGUCCUUGAAACUUCAGCACACCGCUUAAAUCAAUUAGAGCCAUUAUCUAUCAUUUUCCGAUUUAUCAGGAAGCAAAUGGUGUCUCGAAAGUAGGUACAUGUGCAGACAACAUGAAACUUUAGUCUACAGAGAAUUGCACAAGCAGUUAUCAAACUCGUGUCACAGAGUGGUAAAGGACAUGUGUGACAACUGAAUGGUAUCGUUUUGUAAAGUUUUUGGCCAUGCAUGUGUGGGUAUUUCUUUAAUCGAUAUUUGAGGUUGGGUACAUUUUUUGCCUUUUUAAUGGUUGGAUCACAUUUCAGAAAAACAUUUCUCUUCGGUGCCACCCCCCCCCCCCCCCCCCCAAUAAGUAAUGAGUGCUGCCUUAUAACAGGUCUCACCACUGUGCCGUAUAUCUUCAAUUUGAGUCUCCUCGACAUCUUCCUAUCCAACACCACACAGCUCACUUAACGUUUAUUGUGAGGAAAAGUUUGCAUUUAUCGUUGGUGUUUGUAUUAUUUAGGACGACUCGGAGGCCGAGGAGGAAGGCAGUGAUGGUGAUGACGAUGAACUUGAAGAUAUGGAGGAUGAAGAUGACAAGGUGAGAUGCCAGGGAAUGAGCAGGUUAUUGUCGGAUCUAGGGAUAGUCUUUUUCCCCGUAUCUGGGAUAUACACACUUUAUAAUUAUAUACUCAAUCACUCUGCUUUUUACUCCACCAAUUUCACCAAAAGACUGUUACUGCAAUUAUAAUUCUACUGUAGCCAUGGGAAAAGUCUUUUCCGAAGCGAAUGCGGUCUUUUUUAUCGAGCGAGCUUGAACUAACAUAAUACAAACAGGCCAAUAAAGCAACAGAAAAAAAUAUGUGUUGAAAUACGUGUUUCAUUAUGCAAAUUGUAAUUUUGGUGCAUCGUCUGGUUUAAAGAGCCCUUCCUUUGAGACAUAAGCAAUUUAAAAGAUGGGCCAAGAUUCGCCCGUGUUCGACCUCAAGUUUUGAUAGCUGGUUUCAAUUUUAUUCAUUUCUGCUAUCUGUACAUCUAUGUUUGUGUAUAUACAAAUAGAUGUACAGUACUAGUAUCAAAGUUUCAAUCUGUGAUCACGGUUGGAAUUUUGCAUGGAUUUUGAAGAAUUUGUAUGAAUGAGUCAGUUUCCUUAUGCAAACAUUUCUUACAAGUCCUUCAAAACUUACAUAUGCAAAAUUUCUACUAUCAGAAACUUUAAUAGUGUAAAGGUACCAGCCUUAUCUUGUGUUUAGGAUAAUUCUGAUAUGACUGUCGUUGUGCCCAAUAAAACAUCUGAACAGCUACAAUCAAAGGCGACAAAAACGAAUGAGGCAAAUGAAUUUAACCAGCAGACAAACAAAUCACAGAAAAAGGUAAGGAAAGAUCAUGCGUAUAAAUCAAGCCAUUGUUGAAACGAUGCAACCUUUGUGUAAUGAAUGAUAUUGUCUUCAUUAGAAGUGUUAUUGUUAAAAAGUCGUUCAAUACAACCCAAGUUGUUGUUCUUGAGGGUUAUGUUUAUGCACUUUUCAUGUUCGUAUUUGUUGUAUCAGUAUGUUAAAUAAUUGCGUGUUUGUGUCCUUAGGCAUACUGUAGUCCUAUCUUGUUAGUGUCUUUGUGUGUGGUUGGUUUUAUAUGUUCUUAUAUUGACCAUACCUUCAACCUUACGAUAUUUAUCUCCAUUUGUGUUGAAUUCUUAAUGUUAAUCAAUCUAUAUUUGUUUAGAUAACAGGUUGUAAAGUUAGUAAGAAUAAAUGCGGAUUUGAAGACAAAUUCUGAAAGUUGGGGGGAUUUUGCAGAUAGAAUUUUGCAAUCACAAAAAACUUCAACUGUUAGUUCUUUAGAGCGUUUGCACAUGACGUCACAGCCGCCAUCGUGGUGUUCUAAUUCAAAAGAAUUUUAAUUAGACUCUUUUGUCUAGAACACCAACAUGACCGCCAUGCCUUUUGUUGAGUUGGUCCCUGGGGAAUGAGUGCAAAUGCUCUAUCGAGCCAAAAAAUCUCGAUAUUUAUCCAGAACUUCCGAAGUAUACUGUUUGUACUUUUCAUGGACUUGGAUCUCUCACAAUCUCUAUAUUCUUUCUAUCUUUUCUUAUUAUCGUCUCUAUCUAUACUGGCACAGACCAUUUGUAAAGUUAAGAAAUAAAAAUAAACAUUUUGUUAUAGGAAUUUAAACGAAAGCAAAAAGAACAGAGGAAAAGUGGUAUGUUGCAAAUUGAUUUGCUUUGUUUUUGUUUGUUAAUGCAGGAAAGAUUCCCUCAAGUGGUUUAAGGAUUCGGAAAGUUCAUCAAUUUCACUUUCGCACGCCAUCGAUUUUAUUUUAACUGAAAUGAUAACCUAGCUGCGAGGGAAAAUGAUAACUGGAAUAUGAUAACCUAGUGUAUUUUUCAUUUAUUUUUUUUGUAAUUUUUUAGCUCAACCGUCUGUACCAGUUAAGGAGAAAAUGGUGGACAGUGGUGAUGAGGAUUAUGAUUUUGAUACGGACUUAAUGUAAAACAACGUAAGACCUCGCUUAGCAUACAACACUGGAAGAGGCUGACAUGAUCAACAGGCUCAACAUUGACAUCAGGUUUGUAAGCCAUACUGUUGUAUAUAAUAUGGAGACUGUUGCAAUCUUCAUAUUCAACAAGUUCGAAGGUUUUGUCGGGAAUCAUAAUUCCGUCUGGUUUCGUAAAAGGAAGCAACAGAAGAUGGUGGCAAGCACUUUCAAAACGUUAUAUCAUUAAGUGUCUCAUGAAGUACCGUGCAGCUAUGAGCCAAAGUAACCACUGACACAAAACACUGCAGAUUCGUGUAAUUAUUUAAAUUAUCAGUGAAACGAAUAUAACUGGAACGCUACCUCAAACCGGAAAUUUGAAGCCAAACUUGAAAGGCAGUCCCAGCAGGCCGUAGCUAGACGCGAUAAUGGGGGGGGGGGGUAUAUUCAUAUAUUCAUGUUCACAUACAGUAAAAACAAUCGCUUUCAAAAUAAAUCCGUUGGGCAGAACACGAAUAUAUGAAUAUUCGCUCCCCGAAUUAUCGGUCAACCUACGGCCCUGAGUCCCAGUCUUUUUACUUUGCGAAGAGCGCGGUCAGUCCGUGAAUAUGUAUUCUUGAAGACCGGUUUAAUUUAAAAUUUAUAAUAAUAGCUUUUUUAACAGCUCUCAAAGCUUUCUGUUAAUGCAUUUAUUCAAGGACUUUACAGGCGUACCGUUUUUCGGAAGGUAGCUUUCCAGUUACAUUCAUUUCACUAUGCGAAAUAGUAAAUAAAGAUCGAAAUAACUGGGAACGAAUUAAAUCAGCACACUUUAACUUUAUUUUCUCAAAACAAUUUCAUUGAGAUCGACAAGGUUAUUUCAAAAUCCAAAAAUGAUACUUACAGGUAUAUUCUAUCACUGGAAAUCUUAACCCUUUUAUGCUACAUCAUUAUACCCAGGUUCAUAAAAUUAACUUAAAUAGAAAUUAAAGAAUUAUAGUAGUUACAUAAUUAUAUAUAAAGUAUGUCCAUAUUUAUUGCAAACAUAUACAAGGCAGUCAACUAUCUACCCAGUUAGGCUAUCAUUGCUUUACAUUGGUCAUCAGUGCAAACAAUUAUCCAAUACAGUUCUCAUAAAUCAAAUUUAAAACAUUCAUUAUAACGUAAUGUUCAACAUAAUAUGAUAACAUCGUCAUUUGGCAGGCCCUAAUCAAAGUACUUUGAUUUAUACAAAAAUUUAUCCAUGCCGGCUGAGACGUUUAUCACACUAAUUCUGCCACGUGGAGGACCGGCUCUUCAGGGCUUGUUCAUUGCAGGAAAUUUUGUUUUUCAUGUCUCCAUUGGCAUUGCUUCUGCUGCCUGCCUUGAACUUGAAGUUGAAGAUCGAUAAUCAAUAAUCUCAUCAAAUGUUAGCUCUGUGA